CGCACACUGUCUGCAAGGGGACACACACUAACCUGCGCCGGAUUAUUACUACAUUUACACUUAUUUUACUUUUUUUUGCUACAAUAUAUAUAUUUUUUUUCUUUUAACGAAUUAACUCCUCUCAAGGAUAUGUUGGUGGAAGUUUCAAAGAGCAUAUUCAUCCUUCUCUGCUGCAUGUUGCUGGAACCCGUGUUUUCAGUGCAGAAUCAGAUGUGUGACAUGAUGAAGGAAAUAGACAAGGAGAAGGACAUGUGUGAGGCUCUGAUUGAGAACAAAACAACAGGUUGCAGUGGGACAUGGGACAAGAUCACCUGCUGGCCCAGUGCCAAUGUUGGAGAGGUGGUCACCAUCCCCUGCCCUAAAUAUCUCUUCUACUUCUCCAGGGACGUCCAUACACGUAACUUGUCAAAGACCUGCACUGAGGAUGGCUGGACCCCAAUCAGUAUAGACUCCUACAUAAUGGACUGUGGCUACAACCCCAACAGCACCAUAGAUGAUAACACGGGAGAAUUCUUCGACGCCAUCAAAGUGGGUUACACCAUUGGUCACAGUGUGUCGCUCAUUUCUCUGACGAUCGCCAUCAUCAUACUGUGUCUCUUUCGGAAGCUGCACUGCACAAGGAACUACAUCCACAUGCAUCUGUUUAUGUCUUUUAUACUGAAAGCCGUGGCUGUUUUCAUCAAGGACGUGGUUCUGUAUGACGUCGGGGAGACAGACAAUUGCCAGUCAACUGUUGGCUGCAAGGCAGCGAUGGUCUUCUUCCAGUAUGGGAUCAUGGCGAGUUACUUCUGGCUGCUGGUGGAGGGCCUCUAUCUCCACACUCUGUUAGCUGUUUCCUUCUUCUCUGAGAGGAAGUACUUCUGGUGGUACAUCCUGAUUGGUUGGGGGGCUCCAACCAUCUUUAUCUCAGCAUGGGUGAUUACAAAGGCUUAUUUACAUGAUCCUGGAUGCUGGGAGAUAAUUGAUGACAAUCCAUGGUGGAUCAUCAAAACACCUAUUUUAGUCACCAUUCUUGUGAACUUUUUCCUCUUCAUCUGUAUAAUCCGGAUUUUGCGACAGAAGAUGAAUUGCCCUGACAUCGGAAGAAAGGAAUCCAAUCAGUACUCGAGACUGGCAAAAUCCACUCUGCUGCUGAUACCUCUCUUUGGCAUAAACUACAUUAUUUUUGCCUUCAUCCCUGACGACAUCCACCCACAAGUGAGGAUGGUGUUCGAUCUUAUUCUGGGGUCAUUUCAGGGUUUCGUUGUUGCCGUUUUAUACUGCUUUCUGAAUGGAGAGGUGCAGGCGGAGAUUAAGCGUAAGUGGCGCAGAUGGAUGCUGCAGAGGUUCCUGGGGGCUGACACAAAGUACCAGCAGCCCUCCAACGGCAACAACUUCAGCACCCAGAUCACCAUGUUGACCAAAUGCAGCCCCACAACACGCCGGGCAUCUGAGUGUCAGGAGCACCUCUCUGCCAUCUGAAACCCAUCUAAAAGUGAACUCACCUCAUUGUUUUUAUCAUUAUGUGCUGAAUGCGUGCACUGUUGCAGUGUAAUUGAUAUUAGUUACUGAAAGUCAUUUUGACAUUUUAGUUCUGGAGCUAAUAUUUGUCCAUUGUAACUUUAUCCACUGCAGUGUUUUCUUGCCAGGGUGGAAAGGCAACUGAAACCAACUACAGAACACAUCACCUGUUUAGUAAAUAAGUUACAUUAACUUAACAAGAGGAAUUGAAAUUUUCACGGACUGUUCCAAUAUAGCUUUGAUCAGUGAGGAACUUCCAUUGUAUUGGAGGUUGACCACACUAACCACAUUGACGUUCAUGUGUAUAACAGCCAGUGUCACACUGAUAUUAUAGGCAAACAGUUUAGUUCCUUCCACAGUGUAAAAUUUUGUUGAGAUCACAUGAUGAGUAAACCUGAACUGACAACUGACAAUUUGUUGAAAAUAAAUUCACAGAAUAAAAUGAACAAAGUAUUUUAUAAGUAAUGCACUACAGAAAUCUGCUGGGAGGACAGAGAUCUUUGUGACCACUAUGUGAAUUAAAGGGAACUGGAGCUCUUGGCCAGCGUUUUCCAUCAGAUGUUAAGCGAUAGAUGGAUAGAGCCAGAGAUGAGCUGUGUCUUAUAAGUAGCAAGAUGUUUAUUAAAAGGGUGUGUUACACAAGAGGACUCCAAGCACUUAACAUAAUGACUCAUGUGGCUUAGGGAACUGAUGGUAACAACAUUAAUGACAUUGUCAGGCUGUCAUGAACAGUGGUCACUGAGGAGGAAUCUAUAGCAUAACCAACAUACUGGACGUUCCUAUCCUGUCUACUAUCCUGUCUAUGACAGUUUUAUACGGGGCAUACACUCUGCUGAAUUACUGCCGGAUAACAUUCCAGAGGAGACACUAAAGCUCCCGCUUGUGAAAUUUAUCUGGGAUUACAGAGGCUUUUAGUUUUGUCUGAGUGCGCACUCAGUUCAUUUUUACUAUUUCUGCAACUAAUGGACCAGAUGUAUUCCUUUAUUAGUCCAUAAUACACAACAUUGUGAAUAAACAUGUGGCAACAGUGAUUAACUUCCAUUAACUGGAUUGCAUGGACAAGUCAUGUCAUUGCAGUGAUUGUUAGUUAUUUAUUCUAUUCUAUUCUAUUCUAUUCUAUUCUAUUCUAUUCUAUAUUUAGAUAUUAAAUGAAUAUGGUAUUGCAUCCUACUGUUUUUAGCCACUAGCAGCAUGGCUCUGUGCAUUGUCAGCACACCACUUUGGUCCAGUCUGGAUAUGGAUAUACUGUAUGGAUAGAUUGCCAUGACAUUUUGUACAAAUAUUCAUGGGUGAAUCUUAAUGACUUUGAUGAUCCUCUGACUUUUUAUCUAGCUCCACCAGCAGGUCAAAGUUUCCAAUUAUAUCUAAUGAAAUAUGUCAUCAUCUACAAGAUGGAUUGGGACAAUAUGUUUUACAGACAUUCAUUAUUCCUUUUAGAUGAAUUGUAAUGACUUUGGUAAUCCCCUGACUGUACCGCUAGCACCAGUGUAAGGUUUAAAUUUGUGGUUUCAAGGGAAAUGUCUCAUCAACUUUUGAAGUAAUUGCUGUGAAAUGUGUUUCAGACAUUCAUGUUCCAAACCCAGAUGAACUGUAAUAAUUAUGAUUUUACUUUUCAUUUAGAGACAUCAUCAAGUAAAAAGGCCAAUUUGUCUGUCUUUGAUUUGACUAAAUAACUACAAAACCUAUGACAUUCCCAUCAGCCUCAACUAUACUUUGUAUUUAGUGCUAACUAACAAAUGUUAGCAUGCUAACACCUUCUAAACAUCAGCUUAGCUGUAUUAUCUUGAUGUAAUAGAGUUUAUCAAGCUAUAUGACACCAUGCAUGAUGGUGUCAACUCUCUCUCUCUCUCUCUCUCUCUCUCUCUCUCUCUUUGUGUGUGUGUUUAAUAAUGUUUUCAAACAUUUAUUUGAAGCCACCUCCUGCUAAAAAAAGACAUUUUAGACGUUAAUAUGAACAGGCAGUGACAGUGUCACAUUUCAUUAAGGGGAAACAUGUUGGAGUUUGAUGUUUAUUUUAGUUCCCCUUCUUGUUGUACUAGUGUGUGUGUAAACCUGAAACUGAACUGAAACUAACUGAAAGUACCUCACGCUCAAUAUCACACACAGCUGUUGUAUAUAAUGUGAAACUGUAUAUACGGCUAAAGAAUUUGUUUAUAAUGUGUUUUUCGUGGUGAUGACUUAUAGUGCUCAGGUGUCAACUGGAAAUUGAUGUUUACAUUUAAAACUGUGCGUUCCUCACUCAUGCUAUUUGCAUGAUGUCAAUAAAGUGUCUCUUAAUUGUUGUAAAGUGUGUGUAAAUAUGGUGUCCUGUACAGUAUGUGGAAUCAUCUGUAAAGAUGUUAUUGAACAAAAUGUCAGACUGAAUAAAACCAUUUGCACUGUGGACAGGCCUUCUGUUGUUCCAACUAAAAGUGAGA